AUGUGUGUUGGAGGUUCAAUGUGUAUCAUAUUUGUGGGAACUUCAUCUACAUCAUCAUCAUCAGAGUCCAUGUUGAACUGUGUGAUUUUGGCUGAACGAAUAGUCCAGUCUCAGCACCAUCCACACCUGGCUCAUGAAGAGGUUUUUUCUGGUGGAGAUGAGAGUUCCUCCACGGUGUCAAAAUUUAGGUCGAACAAGCUGAAUGUUGUAUCCGGAGGCCCUUGGAUGAUUUAUGGGAGCUACCUGACAGUUCAACCCUGGUCUAGACAGUUCUCUACAGCCGAAGAUCACCCUCAGAUGAUACUUGUUUGGGUAAGACUUCGCGGACUUCCUUAUCGUUACUACGCAAAGAGUCUCUUUAGAGCUAUUGCAGGUGCUUUGGGAAAGAUAGUUAAGAUCGACUAUAACACGACUGAAGGCAAGAGGGGAAGUUUUGCGCGUCUUGCAAUUGCUGUUGAUUUGGGGAAACCAUUAACUCCAGGAUUAAUGAUAGAUGGGAGCUAUCAGGGGUCGAGUAUGAAGGUUUGCCAACGAUAUGCUAUACUUGUGGUUCCCCAGCGAAAGAGGAGGCAGCCUCUAAACACGAAAGCGGGACGCGUUGACGGUAACGGUACAGACAAACAAAAGAGUAGUGGGGCAGCCGUUUUGGUGCGUUGGCUGAUCAAGAAAGUGAGCAGGCCGAACAAAGGGUUGAAUCGAAGCAAAUUGGUGGAGAAUCGGGGAGCAAAAUUAAUGUUGACAGUGGAAAAGGUUGUUGCGGGUGGGGAUGUCACAAGGAAUGAGAAUAGGAAGGAGGUUAGGACGGAAUUUGUUGUGGUUAAUAAUUUAGAAAAUUCAGUCCAGCUUCGUGCGAUGGAUACGAAUGGAAAACACACAGUCAUUAAUAUUGAGGAUGAGAUUCGGAGAAGAAUUCUUACGGAAAAUAACGGACGACCAUCAAGGGGUAUUAAGAAUGGCUCAAGUUCAAAGAAAGGGGAGCAAUUCAUGGCAGCAGCGAGGGGCUGA